UGAACAUUUCCAAUAAAUCUAAGGGCCAAAAUUUGACUUGGCAUUUGGUCGGCAUCACAACAAAUUUAUGUGAUUUCAAAUUUUCCGUUCUUCUGCUUUGAAUACUAGUCUUAGAGGAAAUGUUGCUCUAGUUUGGUAGAUGAUGUAUUGUUCCCAUAUACUGUGUCUGUAAUGAAUGAUUAGGUAAACUAUAAUUACACCAGCAAAACUAUAUGUGAUAUCAGUAAUGAUACUCUGUGAUAAGAUAAACAGCAUAUUUGAUGGAAAGUAACUAUUCAGAAUAGUGACCAAGUUGAACUUUUUCAUAGAUGUCAUUACAUAUAAAGUUAGAUAAUUGUAUAAGUAACAUCUCGGCUAAUGGUAGCAGUAAGAUAUGACUAUGGUCUCUGAAGUUUCUGGCCACCAAAAAUAAAACAAGGACUUUCUUGAAACAGUAAGCCAGGUCCAGCCAUGCAGGACGGUGACAUUGCAGAUACAAGUAAAGCCUCAGACCUCAGUGAAGCAAGUAUGGGGACAAUUGACCCCUCACCUCUCACUGAAGACUCACAAGAAUACUUUAAGAGUUAUGAAGAUGUAGAGAUUCAUAGACUAAUGGUCAGCGACAAACCUCGAACAACAGCCUAUUAUGAUGCAAUUACCAAAAACAAACAUUUAUUCAAAGACAAAAUUGCCAUGGAUGUUGGAGCAGGGACAGGGAUUUUAUCUUUGUUUAUGGCAUCUGCUGGAGCCAAAAAAGUGUAUGCUGUAGAAGCCAGUGGCAUGGCAGAAGUUAUUCAAAAAGUUGCAGAAGAUAAUGGAUUUGGUGAUGUUAUUCAAGUGUUCCAUUCAAGAGUGGAAGACAUAUCACUUCCAGAAGAUGAAAAAGUUGACAUAAUUGUGUCUGAAUGGAUGGGCUUUUACUUAUUACAUGAAUCCAUGCUUAAUUCAGUUAUAAAGGCCAGAAAUAUGUUCCUUUCAGAUGAAGGCACAGUAUUUCCUUCAGAAGCAAGAAUAUUUGCAUGUCCAUGUUCAUUACAAUCUCUUUAUAAAGAACAAAUAAAUUACUGGGAUAAUGUCUAUGGAUUCAACAUGUCUGCUGUCAAACAGUUUGCUCUCAGAUCCAAAAUGAUAAAACCUGAAGUCUGCCUUAUUCCUGAAUCAGACCUGUUAGCUGAACCAACAUGUAUUAAGAAGUUCAACCUGAGAUGGGUAACUGAAGAAGAGGUAAAGCUGUUUUCUGAAACUACUUUUGUUGGCAUCACAAAGUCUGGAUCUUACCAGGGUCUCUGUCUGUGGUUUGAGUGUGACUUUGAUGGAUACUGGUAUAGUGAGGAAGGGGAAAACUUGGGAACACUAAUCACACUUUCAACUUCACCCAUAAGCACCCCAACACACUGGAAGCAAACUGUGGUUGUUCUGGGAUAUGGCUCAGCAAAAACAGGCCAAGAGAUCGAGUUAAGCUGUCAGGAUGGUACUCUUGAAACCAGUGAUGUUGAAGUUGAAAAAAGCUCAGCUGAAAAAUCUGAAAAUCAUGAACCACAACAAAGUGAUCAAAUACAAACCAAGAAUUCCAUCAAGGAUGACAGUAAAGAAGAUAAGAGAGAGGUACAGGACACUGUAGUCUCAACCACACAACUAGAGUUUGAGAAUUUGGUAGAGAAAGAUGAAGUGGUGGGUUGGAAGAUAUUGUUUGCCCAAAGUGAUGACAAUGUGCGGCACUACACAAUGACAGUGGAGAUGCUUGACCCAGAAAUAGAAGAACACCCUGUCCCCUGUUUGUGCCCCAUGCCAAGAUGUGUUAUAAUUGCAAAGAUGAUUGAAAAUGAUGAAAUGGGUGAAGAAGACAAUGAUGUUAUAGACUGCACGUAGCCCAGGUUGACCAGUUGAGCCACUGUGUGAUAGUGAUUAUACAUGUUUGUGCAACAUAUAUCAAAAGUCAUCAUUAAACAUAUUAAUGUUA